AAACUAAAAAGGAAAGUACCUCAUCUAAUAUGAAACGGAGGGAGUAUCUCUUUACCGAUCAGGGAAAAAAAAGAGAACUGAAAAUUAUUCAAUGUCUUGUACCUGCCGACACUGGCCAAUGCAUCACAAGAGGGUAUGAAAAACCUUCGUACUGCCUUGGUGCCAUCCCUGCUCUAUGGUGUUGAUCCGUAGUGUAGCUGGGGCGGAAUUUCAGGUCUUGAAAUAAUCUUGGCAAGGGUUUGUAUUAUGGUUGUGGAUGUAUUUUUAAACAAAGGAAACAAAUGGAACUUAGAUCCAAAUUCCAUCUCACCAAAAUCAACAAGCAUAAAUCAUAACAAGCUCAUUAGUACAAUUGUUUUAGCAGUAAUAGUUCUGAGAUUUGAUGUGUAUCUAGUUGACCAAUUUCCAUCCCUUUGUCAGCCUUUUUAUAUGCUUCUUCAACUUUUAGUUCUAAGUAAAUUUUGUUAAUUAUUCUUUUCCUUCUAGUCUUGUAUGCUUCUACAUAUGCAUGCUUAUACACAUAAUGAUGCAUUAUUGGACUUCUGCAUUACCUGUAGUUAUAUGCUUUUUAAAAUAUGGUUUUUGUUUUCUCUUUCCCGGGGGAGCCGGAGAGUGCUUGAGGUCAAGCUAAAUUGAACUUCUGUCUCAAUUUUCGUAGUUCAGUCUUGUUUGUAGUGGCAGUUUUUGACUCCUUUUCCUGACAGAUUCAUUUUUGGUAAUUUAUUCCCAGAGGCUCUGCCUCUAUGAAUUUCAGCAACGUGGGUUCAUCAACCACCAGAGAUUCCUUUCUUGGAAUAAACACGGGCCCUCUUGCUUUUAUUCUUUUUGAUAUCAAACGUUUGGGUCCGUUCUCAGGGACUGUUACAUUUGUGUUGUCAUCUUGCUCAUGUUAAUAGGAUGAUUGAAAUACCUGCAUCAAACCACGAAACAUGACAUGUAAAUACAUCCGCACAUCUCCUAGCAUUUUGCGUUCUUAACAUUAUUUUUCUGUUUAUUAUAGGAAAUGACGACGUAGAUAGUGGGAGAAAGAAGAUGAAGCACAGGGGAAAAAAUGUUGUAUGGUCCCCUGCAAUGGACAAGUGUCUGAUUGAAGCACUUGCUAUCCAAGCAAGAAAUGGAAAUAAAGUUGACAAAUGCUUCAAUGAAAAUGCAUAUAAUGCUGCCUGUGUUGCUGUUAAUACUCAUUUCAGCUUGUCGUUAAAUAACCAAAAGGUUAUUAAUCGUCUUAAGACAAUCAAAAAGAGGUAUAAUAUAAUCAGUAAUAUCCUCAGUCAAGAGGGAUUCUCUUGGAAUCCAAAUACAGAUACAAUCGACUGUGAGGAUGAUGAUCUUUGGAAGAAAUAUGUUGCUGCACACCCUGAUGCUAGGGCU